AUGAGCUACAAUCCAUACACAGACGAGACACCGGCAGAUGUUAAGAAUGCCAAGGGUUUACAUCUGGUCACACAGAACACACCCAAUGGACAAGCUGUCCAGAUCUUUCUUGAAGAGCUCAAAGAGGUCUAUGGCACUGAGUGGACCACCAGUGUGAUCAACAUCUCUACCAAUGAGCAGAAGAAGGAUUGGUUUCUGCGACUCGAUCCUAAUGGACGCAUUCCUCUUCUCAUCGACAACACUCAAAGUCCUCCGUUCAGCGUCCACGAGACAUCUGCCGAACUCUUCUAUCUCUUGAAGUUUGCCGAUAAACAAGACAAAUUCGGCUUUACCAAUGACCUGGAGCGCAACCAGGCUCUGCAGUGGACAUUCUUCUACCACGGCUCAGGGGCUCCUAUCCAGGGACAGUUGAACCACUUCAACCGCGUUGCUCCAGAGAAGAUCCCAUACGCUAUCAAGCGAUUCAAGGAUGAGACACUUCGCAUCUUCGGCGUGUUGGAAAUUCAGCUUUCUGGCAAGUAUACUGGCGAGCCGAGGGAGUAUCUCGCUGGAAACGGCAAGGGGAAAUACUCGAUUGCGGAUAUCAAGACCUGGCCUUGGAUCAAGAACUGGGAGCGCAGUGGAAUUUCCAAAGAUGAGGUUUCUGAGUUUCCUCAUUUGUUGAAAUGGGUGGACCGUAUUGCCGAGCGUCCAGCGGUGCAGAAAGGAAUUGGUGAGGCAUAUGCGGGAAAGUAA